GGUGUACGUGCGAGUCUUGGUGAUGCACUGCGACCAGCUGCACUUACCUAUCAGCGCAUCGGGUAUGCCGCGGCGGGCACGCCAGGGCCCCCAGCAUGCACAGGCCUUCGGGCCCUGCGAGGGCGAGUGCCGGACUCGUGGCACCAUCGUACCGUGCAGCGCCCCAUUGCUCAGGCCGUUCUCUGGCUCAGGUGGCCCUCGACGGUGCCAGCCGCCCCCUCCGCCCGCGGUGCCGCGCAUGUCCCGGGCCGGGGGCCCUCGGGGCAUCCUGGCGCUUGCCGCGCUGCUGUGCCUGCUGGCCGGCGCUCGCAGGUGGGAUGCGCUCCUUGUCCCGUCGAGGCGGGCGCUCUCGCCGCGGCGCGCGCUCGCGCCCGCGCGGGGGCCGCGCGUCGGUUGCAGCUUCUUCGGGGCGGGAGGAGCCGCCCCUGCCGCCGCGGACCUCGUCGACGGCGCGCCCAGCUGGGAGGACCUACGCGCGAGGCUCGAGGCGGCGCAGACGCCCGCGGAGAGAGCCUUUCGCAGGGACCUCGCGGCGGGGACCGGGCCCCCCAACGCUAUGGCCAACCUCAGAGUCUUCGGGGGGGGCGAGGAGGCGGCGAAGCAGGUGACGCUGUUCCGCGACUCGGCGUCGUGGUGCCCCUACUGCCAGAAGGUGUGGAUCCUCCUGGAGGAGAAGCAGAUCCCGUACAACGUCAAGCGGGUCAACAUGAACUGCUACGGGGACAAGCCCCCCGACUUCCUGGCCAUGCAGCCGAGCGGACAGAUCCCUGCCGCCAUUAUCAACGGCGCAGUGCUGAGGUCCUCCGACCAGAUCAUCCAAACUCUCCUCAGGAUGCCCGGCGCAUCGCAAGAGGCGGACGACGCCCUGGACCCCUUCGACCGUCCUGAGAGCAACGCGCUGCUGAGCUUAGACCGCACUCUUGGUAGCGGGUGGUUGGACUGGGUGCGCGGGGGUGGCAACGGGGCCAGAUUCAUGGAUGGCCUCCAAAGGCUUGAGGAGGCGCUCAGCGAGGACGAGAGCGGGCCGUACUUCUUGGGCGAACGCUUCUCGCUCAUUGACAUCAUGUACACGCCCUACUUUGAGCGAGCUGUUGCCUCCUUGGCAUAUUAUCUAGGCUUCAACAUCCGGGACAGCGAACGGUAUCCGGCCAUCAACCGGUGGCUGGACGCUCUGGACACGCGGCCCAGCAUCCAGGCGUCCAAGUCGGACUACUACACGCACUGCUGGGACUUGCCGCCCCAGAUCGGCGGCUGCAACCCGGAUCCCAGGGGCGCCGAGGUGCGCGAGCAGAUCGACGGCGGGAACUGGAAGCUCCCUCUGCAGGACUCCUGGGAGCCGGACUGGGGCUGGGUCCCGCCCGCCGCCGCCCGCCGCGAGGCCGUCGAGAGGCUGCUGCACCAGCCGCAGAGCGUGGCCCGCUUCGCGGCGCGCGGCGCCGCCGCGGCGGGCUUCCCGCCGGCGUGGGCCGAGCUGGCGGACCCGAACGCCCGGCCCGCCGAGGAGUGGGUGCCCGCGGUGGAGCUCUUCCUGCGCCACGCCGCCGCGCUCCUGCUCGCCGACGGCGCCGACGGCCGCGGCGACCCGCCCGCGGAGGAGGUGCGGCGGGCGGCGGCGGACGCGGCCGCGGCGGUGCCGCAGGCCUCGCGCGGGCAGCUGGCGGGCUGCCUGGAGUACCUGCAGAAGCGGGUCGGCGUGCCGCGGGACAUGUCGCAGCCGGCUGCCCGGCGGCUCCGCGCGGUGCUGGGCGAGCUGGCUGCAGGGCUGCGGGCGUAGGCGGGCAGGUGCCACGUCCAGCGGCGGUGGCCUCCGACCCGCCGCGCCUCUCUGGCCGUUCCCGCGGGCGUCGCCUCUCCUGUUGGCCCCCCCUCCCCCCCCUCCUCUGCUGGCCCCCGCCCUCCGCAGGCCUCGGG